AUGUGUGUAUUAGAUUAUCUUGAAUUUGGGUUUAAAGUUUCUUAUCAACAUCUAUCAUAUAAUGAUUUUUGUCGAUUUCGUUCAUUUGUUAUGUAUGUAUCACAAAUAGCAUCAGCAUGGAUAUUAGUAAUAGUCUCACUUGAUCGGUGGAUUCGAACACGAUUUCCAUUCAAAUCCGGUUCAUUAUGUACACCAAAAAAAGCUUUACUAACUGUUGGUGUCAUGCUUGUUGUGGAUAUGCUUUUCAAUGCUCCUUUGCUUACACCAUUGUUUGGAGGAUUUAUACCUGGCUUAGCCAUUGCAGCGUGCGGACCAAGUUUUAACAAUCUAACAUAUUUUUUCUUCUAUUAUUUGCAAUGGAGUAUAAUUCAGAUCUUCACUACUUGUAUAAUACCGGCAACUAUCAUGACGAUACUUAUUAUUGAUAUAUUAAUUAGUACUCAUCUUCGUAGAAAAGCAAUGGCCCGACAAAAUCAAGCAUGGGAUUUAGAUAAAAGUGCACAACGAAAAAAUAUGCUUCAAAGACAAAUGUUCAUUCUUAUGUUUGGAAGUGUUUGUAUUUUCCUAAUUACAUCACUUCCCGUGGGUCUGUAUAAAAUAGUAUCACCACGAAAUGCUGCUAUAUAUGUACUGACGGAUGCAUUAGACAUACUUAUUAUCUGGACAGGUUUUGGUUGGUUUCAAAGUCUUUUAUAUGCAGUUAGUUUUUAUGUUCAUUGCCUUAGUUCAAAUUUAUUUCGUAAAGAAUUUAUGGCAAUAAUGAGAACUGUGUCGAAUAGAAUUCAUCCGCGAACAGAAAUUAUUGAAAUAACACAAAGAGAGCGACGUACUAAUAUUGCUACAAUUUCAAGAAAACACUAA